AUGAGUAAUAAGUUAUUAUACAAUGGUGGAUAUUCAAUGCUCGCUGUGCAUGGCCAGAAGUUCCAAACAUUGUUAUCACCUUUUGAGCAAAUUGACAAAUCUUUAUCAAUUGACAGUAAAAAAAAAUUAUACAAUAUAAAAGAAUUGAAUAAAAGAACAAAUAGAAACUGUCAGCAGCAAUCAAUCGAGAGUACUCAUAAUAAAGAAAAAAAUGUUUUUAAAACUCAUACUAAUAAGAAACCAUCUGGAGCUCAAUACGGAAAACGUAAAGCAGAAAAAGAAGGAGAAAAUGUUGCGCAUGUAAUUAGUGAUACAUCAACUAGCGAUGAAGAAGACGGAAUAGUGUCAGUUGGAAAUGUUCACUACGAUGAAAAAGAUAUUAAUAACGAAAAUGAUGAUGGCCAAGACGGUGGUGUGAAUAAUCGCGCCAAGGGAACAGCAAUCGAUUACUCAGACUGUGGUUUGUGGCCAAUUCAUCGCAACAUUAAAUUUGUUGAUUAUGUAAUUAAUAUAGGUGCAAUUCAAGUUAAUUUGGACACAUAUCCACGCGAUAAUAGAAGACGACAUUUUUCAAAUGCUUAUUACAACCGAAAACUUUCAAAUGGUGAGGUUAUUUCACGACGUUGGCUUCUGUACUCAGUUUCUAAAGAUGCGGUAUUUUGUUUUUGCUGCAAACUUUUUGAUUUCAACAUGAAUUUAAAGGUAAACGGAAAUGGAUUCAAUAAAUGGAAGAAUUUAACAGAAGCAUUAAAAAUUCACGAAAAUAGUAAGUCACACAGAAUUGCUUAUCAACUAUGGAUUGAGACAGAAAUACGAAUGAAAGCUGGUGAAACUAUUGAUAAACAAGAACAAAAACUAAUCAAAAAGGACAGUUUAAGGUGGCGAAGUGUUCUUGAACGAUUAAUGAACAUUACUUUAUACUUGGCAACAAAUAAUAUGGCCUUCAGAGGUUCUUCUGAUAAAUUGUAUGCAGUUAAUAACGGCAAAUUUUUAGGAUCACUCGCUAUGGUACAAUCACUCGCUAAAUUUGAUCCUAUCAUGUUAAACUACGUCACGCUAGCUCUUAAAGGAGAUAUUUCUGAUACCAUUCAAAAUGAAAUGAUAGAUAUAAUGGCAUCAAAAGUAACCAACAUAAUUAUAUCCAAAGCUCUAAAAAGUACAUAUUGUUCUAUUAUUGCUGACUCCACUCCUGACGUAUCUCACAAAGAACAGCUCUCGCUUACGAUUAAAAUUGUAAAUAUAUCAGAAUAUCCUAAUAAAAUAAAUGAACACUUUCUUGGGUUUUUCAAUGUUAACGACACGGCAAGUCUUGGUUUAACAGAAAUCAUAAUUGGAGCUUUAAAAGAUUUUGGACUGAAUAUAAGCUUUUGUCGAGGGCAAGGUUACAAUAACGGUGCAAAUAUGAAAGGUAAAAAAAUAGGUCUACAAAAGCGAAUAUUAGAUUUGAAUCCUUUGGCUUUUUACCUUCCAUGUGGAAGUCAUUCUCUCAAUUCGGUUAUUUGUGACGCAGCGCAGUCUUCACUAAAUUCCAUUCACGUUUUUGGCAUAAUACAAAGAUUAUUCACAUUAUUUUCUGCAUCAACUUCACGCUGGAAUGUUUUACUUAGUCAUACAACAAACUUCACUCUUAAACGAUUAUUGAGAGCCUCAAAGCCAUCCAAUACCAAAUAA